CGUAGUUUUCCGUCAUGUAUUCCCGCGACUGUCUUGGGCCUCGGAUUGGACAUAAGUAUUCCAGCAUGGGGUGUAGGUUUGUAAUUGGCAAGGAAAGCAUCUUUGGGGGGGUAAACUGCUGCUGCACUGGAGAUAUAGACUGUGAGACUAAGGUUUAUUAGAGUAUGAUUUAUUCCACGGUUUUACAUCAAGUGUUUUUAGGUUCUCAGACUUGUACUAGUAGUACCAGUUUACACUGGUAAAGCCCUCCGGGGACGUGGACCAACAGGUUGUUGACUAGCAGCGCUUGUUGUCCCUUUUCCGGUUUGCUUACUUGUAGAAAAAAUGAAUCAGCCGAGAUUGAGCAAUACACCUGUAGCAAUCAUUCGGGCUUCCUAUAUGUGCUAACUGCUCAGCUACACCUGGUAUGUUUCCUAUGCCAAAAAGUUGGCUGAAGAGCAGUAAUAGCAGCCAGCAUUUUUCUGGAGUAUUUACGGUUAGCGACGAUUUACUGCGAUUCUGUGAGACCGUGUCUGUUUCGCUUCUGUAAGAGAAUGAGCAGGUGUAAAAAUGGGGUUAUUGAACAAACUUAUAUCCUGUCUGUGGAUGUGGGUACCACAACCAUCAGAUGCCACGUAUAUGACAGCGCAGCUAAGGUCAGAGGUACGAGCAGCAGAAAGGUAGAGUUACUUUACCCAAACCCUGGCUGGGUUGAAUUGGAUCCCGAUGUCCUCUGGUCUCAGUUUGUCUCUGUAGUAAAAGAAGCUGUAGAAGCAUCUGGCUUGCACAUGAGGCAAAUGUGUGCACUUGGCAUCUCUACACAGAGGGCAACAUUUACAACAUGGAACAGAAAGACUGGAAGACCUUUUCAUAAUUUCAUCAGCUGGCAGGACCUGAGAGCUGCCGAUCUUGUUAAAUCAUGGAACAAAAGCUGCUUACUGAAGACUAUCAAUGGGUUUUCCAAAGUGUUGUACUUUUUGAGCAGGAGAAAACGUUUUUUGGCUGCAAGUGCCCAUUCAUUUACAACCCAGCAUAUCUCUCUCCGUUUAGUCUGGAUACUACAGAACCUUAAAGAGGUACAGCAAGCAGCUGCGGAAGGAAACUGUUGCUUUGGAACUAUUGACACUUGGCUGCUGUAUAACCUUACCAAAGGUUCAGUGCAUGCCACAGAUUUUUCAAAUGCAAGCUCAACAGGGAUUUACGACACAUACCAGAUGUGCUGGAGCCACUUCUUUUCAUCCAUUUUGUCGAUACCACUGUCAGUUUUUCCUGCAGUGGUAGAUACCAGCUUUUAUUUUGGGCAGUCAGACAGCAGUAUAUUUGGAGUUGCUAUACCUAUCACAUCAGUGGUAGCUGACCAGCAAGCUGCUAUGUUUGGGGAGUGCUGCUUUGAUGUAGGAGAUGUGAAGAUCACCAUGGGCACUGGCACUUUUAUAGAUAUCAAUACUGGAAGAAAACCUCAUGCGUCUGUGUCUGGUCUUUAUCCACUGGUUGGCUGGAAGAUUGGAAAAGAACUCGUACUUUUAGCUGAAGGGAAUGCAGCUGAUACUGGUACCGCCAUAAAGUGGGCAGAGAAGCUGGGUCUUUUCUCUGAUCCUUUGGAAACUGAAAUGAUGGCAAAAUCUGUGCCUGAUGCUGAUGGAGUCUGCUUUGUUCCAUCUUUCAGUGGUUUGCAGGCACCAUUGAAUGACCCGCAUGCAUGUGCCUGCUUCUUGGGAUUGAAACCUUCAACAUCCAAAAAUCAUUUAGUACGAGCCAUACUGGAAUCUGUAGCUUUCAGAAAUAAGCAAUUGUAUGAUACAAUGUUACGUGAGACACGUGUUCCGGUCACAACUAUCAGAGCUGAUGGAGGUGUUUGCAACAAUAACUUUAUCAUGCAGCUUUCAGCAGAUCUGCUGAACCAGAAAAUAUAUAAAUCAGAGUUUGUAGAUAUGUCAAGUUUAGGGGCUGCUUUCCUGGCUGGUCUUGCUGCAGGGUUCUGGGCUAGCAGAGAAGAACUUAAAAUGCUAAGGAAUGCAGCAAAAAUCUUCAAACCACAGAAGAUAAAUGGAGAUUUUGAAGAAGUCAUGUGUACUUGGGAAAAAGCAAUAAGGCGUUCAUUGGAUUGGUACAAUUAAACAGAGCUCUGUGUGCACCUAAGCCAACUCUGGAAAAAAAUCACUUCUAUGGACUGGUUCAGUUGAAUAGAACACUGUGUGACCUUUGCCAAAUCUGAUACAAAUCAGUUACUGUACUUGAAUAAUUAACCACUGCUGACCUCAAUGUGAAUAGUGAGAAUGUAUAAUUCUCUUAUGUAAUUAACUUAUAUUUUAGUGUACAGCUCUUUAUUAAUUUUUAAUAUGCACAUUCAUUUUUAAUAUGAGCAUUUUGAACAAGAAAAAACAAACUGAUUUAUUGCCUGUGUUUUGUAAUGGUCAAGAGUCUGAAAGAAAUUGUGAUCAGCAUAAAGUUGUCUACUGUGACAAUCCAAAGAAUAUGUUGCUUUUUCUGGUCCUAUCACAGUAUGUGUACUGUAAAUGUAGACGUCAUUCAGGAUGGACACAAGAUGGUCUCCUUCAUAGCAUUAGCUCUUAGCCAACGAGGGAAGUGAUAAGAUAUUACUUGUGGGUAUCUCUUAGAACAGAAGCAUUUUGUUGCACUGUUCUAACAUCUGGGACCCUCCUUGCUGGAUCUGUGGUUAGGUUUAUUCCCUCUUCAUUCCAUUUUGGCAUUUUUUUCACUGACGCUUCUGUGCUGGUGAAUAAAUGUACCCUACUGUGGUACAUGUCGCUGUGCCCCAUACCUUGUAAGAAUCAUGGUUUCUGCAGACUUCCAGGUCUCUG